AUGGAUCGGGGGCAGCAGCAGGGCGUCAGCCUGCAGCCGCACCGAUUCGACCACCCCCGGAUGCAGUACCCGCAGCACGGCGGCGGCCGCAGCCGCGUGCCGCCGUUCGCGCGCGGCGGCCGCGGCCAGAAGCACUUCUAUCGGCAGCCCCCACCGCCGCCGCCGUCCAUUCAGCCGGGCGCGCCCGCGCGACACAGGUACGAGGUGCUCAUGGAGGCCGGCCGCCUCGCCGCCGAGUACCUGGUGGCCAAAGGCGUGCUCCCGCCGGCAUCGCUGCAGCGGGGCGGUGGAGCUGGGUGGGGUCAGAUGCCGCCCGCGCCUCCGUUGCCGCAGGCUCAGGAAGCCCCCGCGUUCUACGACUCCCGCCGGAAUGGCCGACAGCGUCUUGAUGAUGAGUACGGUAAUCCUAACCCCCGCUCACGCCGGAACCAUGGUGGUGAUUACAAUGGCGGUGACAAUGGUAACUACAAUGGGAGGGGGAAGAGGAAGUUUGGGGCUUACAACAGGAAUUCAGAGUGGGGCCGGGACAGGGAGAGGAGUAGGGAUUAUUUGGAUAGCCGGAAUUAUGGUGAUGAUGACGAGGAGGAUAGGGCUCCUGGGUAUAGGAGGGACCGGCGAGCCAGUGCUGGGAUUGAUGAGGUUGGAAGUAGUGUCUCGGGCGUGGCCGGGGACAGACCAACAUCGAAGCUGGAGGCUGUGGGGGAGUCAGAGUUGGAGGAUACUGGCUCAAAGGUGAGCUCUAACAGUAAUGUCAGGAAGGAUGUUGAUGUCGUGCAAGAGGUGCAGAAUGAGAAUGAGGCUAAUAAAAUGGAGGAGGAUGCUAAGGUGUCUGAUUCGGAGGUCGUUGAGAAAGGGAUCAACAGUGAGAGUAUUCAUACUAAUGCUUCUUCUGGUGUUGUUGAGGAGGGGGAGAUAAAUCAUUCGCCAGUGCCCUCAGAUGACAAGCCUGAUGAUGGUAGUAUUAUGGACGAGAAGGCUGAACAUGACAAGAGUUUAGAUGACAAGGCUGAAUAUGAGAAGGGAUCAAGCGUUGAAAAUAAUUUGCAUGGUGGUUGUCAGAAUUUGCUGAGCAAUUGUAAUUUUGCAAGAGCCCCAACAAGACCACGAUCAAUACCUGCUCAUAGGAAUGGAGCAUCAACCCAUAGAGAUACUGCAUUGGCCAAACAGGUAGAUCUGGCUCCUCCGAUGGUGAUUGAUGAAUCAGCAAAUGACAGCUCCUUGACUAAUGUCCAGGGAGACAAUAAAGAUCACCUUGUCUGCCUAGAACAUACUGACCCAAGUCUUGCUUGCAAUCAAAUGGUGGAACACGUGGGACUCCAAGAAGCAGCAGCACAAACUGAGAUACGAGAUGUGCAAGAACAGAACAGUACUGCACAACAUUACACAGUUCAGGAAAUUAAGGAGUGUGAUGGACUGAAUCCUACACUGGCUUCUCAGCACGAUUGUUCGAAGCUUCAAGUGAGGGAAGAAGUGCAAAUUUACAAUAUUGAUACACCACCACAACAUGAAGACUUGAUUGAUUCAGCUGAUAAAGGGAAAACAACAGAUAGUGUGGAAUUAUUACCUAAUAUCAAAGAUGAAGCUGUUGUCACGAUAAAACAGGAAGAACUUGGUCAAUCUAGCUCAUUUAAAAUAUGUGAUCUCAACCUCAUUGGUAGUCCAGAGCUUGCUGAUAUACGAAAUGAUCCUGGUUUUGGCCAGUGCUCCAAUGUUGUAUGUUCAAUGGAGGUGCAAAAUCAGCAGCCUUUUGAUUUUGGAACAACUGUGGGUAACAAUGCUAGUAACACUGACAGAUUUUCCCAAAUUCCGUUAAAUGAUAAGGUUAUUCAAAUAAUUGAUAUUGAAGAUGACCCUCCAAUUGAACCUAGUGUGUCUGAUACUUUAAGACCAAAAAGUGAGAUGGUAUAUCCAAGCAUGGAUAAUAUGAUGAGCUCUAGUGUGAACACAAACAUUUUCCCUGGCACGCAAGAUGGUUAUAACAUCGCAAUUCCAGAUUUCCUUGGUGCUGAUAUGCCAUGCUACCCACCAUUACAUGCAGACCUUCAUGCCGAGAUGGGCCUAAAUGAUCCAGAGGUCAUUACUGUCAUGGAUGAUCCAAUAUAUGAUUCUCUAGGUGAUAUUGUUUUAUGGAGGUUUGGGAUCAGCAGCCUCCGGACUACAAAUUCUUCUGAUGUGGCGCUAAAUCUUGCUGCUGAAACUGUCCGAGAAUUCAAUGAAUGA